AGAGUAUAACAACUCCCGGUCGAGUCUUCAGACCUCAUGUCAUUACCCUCAGGGUGAUCAUUCUUCCUUAUCAAAGGGUGAGAGAAGCGAAUCCUUUCAACGGGAGCUCCUCGGUUCUGGACCAUGCGUGACGCCAGCCAGCUUGAGAGCCUGUGAGCCUGUGGUGAAAGGUUGCGUGGGAAAAUGUGAGGCUGGAUGAAUGAAUCGUCUGUGUCUGAUCAGAUCACUUGCCCGGCCCGCGGAAAUGGUCAAUGCCCAUUCCAAGAACGGCCGCUCAUCCUGAAUAAUCUGUACUCAUCAAGCUCGUUCACGACCGCCCGCGGGAAGACCACGGCUCGUGAUCUAAACAGCGGCAGUUCACAUUGGAGCUACUAUAUACCGCAGAAGCGCAUAUCACGAGGCUUUAUCGAGUGUGUAUCAGUAUUACUGUAUGCUAUCCCGCAGGAAGUUUUUAGGACACUAAUUGAAAUCUGUGUCGGUUUUCCUUGGCUUGGCAUUUUUUUGGGCUUGACACUGUACGAAUCGGCGGCAGUGCGAAUGUCGCCACAUCUCAUUCAUUCCACCCUACCCCGCCUCAUCCAAGGCACAUACCAUGCGUUGAUGGAAAGAUCUACCUUUGGUCCCGUGCUUUUAGCAACACCCUUUUUCUAGUAUCUAUGCGACGUUUCAGCUAGUCGGUUGCCUGGUCGGCUGGUGGUGGUGGGUGAUCAGACAAAGUAGAGAAGG